AUGGCAAGUCCUGCUUCGCCCGGGGAAACCUCCAAAAAGAAAAAGCGAAACCCGGGUUUCGGGAAAAUGCUGAGGAGCCAUGGGGUUGAUACGCCCCCUGUUGUGAAGGGGGACCCUGGAAAGAAGAGGGCAAAGAAAAGGAAGAUGGCCGCUGCCGCUGCCGCUGCAACUGCCACCAAUGAGGCCGACGGGCCUCAUGUCUCUGCUGGCCCCUCGGACACCGGAGCUGGUAGUUCGGGUGCUGAUUCGCCUGUUGCCGCGCCCUCGCCUGUCGCCACGCCCUCGCCUGUCGCCGCGCCCUCGCCCUCACCUGGCGCUUUACUUACUGUCUCGUCUUCCUCUGUCACCGUGUCUCCCCCCGCGGCCUCGCCCGCUCAGUUUCCCCAGCCAGCAGAAGAGGGGACCGGUGCUGAUAAUGUGGUCUGGGACCCGGUGGACCCUCUGGGCCUGUUUGAUGAGCUUGAGGGACCGUUGGACUGGCCAUCUGAAGGGCUGUUUGACUGA